GUAUCACGCACGUAGGCGGAACCUGUGCACAGUCAGUUGGUCUCUGCAGGAACUUUAAAGUUAUUUUGACAGCCAAUUGUUUGGUGUUGGAUUUGUGCUACAUUCAUAUUUGUAACCUGCAUGGUUUUAACCGAGAGGCGGACAUGGUCUCCACGAUCCAAAACACCGACGUGAAGCAGGGGUUUGGUCCUGAGAAUAUGAGACUGAAAAAGGGCAUUAUCGGCAAAGACUCAAGCCUCUGUUUGUUGGCUGAAGAUGCAGAUCCUGUUUCCUCUCUGCAGAAAGACGCUGAUCGUGCGGUGGUUGUCGCAGUAACCUCUCGAGCAGUGUUUGACUGUGGAGCUGAGGACGGGGAUGACGUGUACGGAGUGGGCGUGGCUUUCCCACUUCUGCAGGCAUUGCAGAGAGUGAACGAACGUCUGUUGGAGGAAAAUCCUGCUGAGUCGCUGCUGUUUGAUGUCGUCCUGAUCACCACCGACAGUCAGCAACAGCAGCAGAGCUCCCGCAUCAUCAGCAACACCAGACAUUACGGUCUUGAAAUAAGCAGGUUCUGUUUUUCAAGCGAGGAGGAUUUCAUCGAGAGCUUACUGACGAAUCACGUGGAUCUCUUCCUGUCGACGGACAGGAGCGAGGCCGCGCAGGCGUCACACAAAGGUGUUUUCUCGGCGCUGCUGAAUAGGAAGGUAGCUUCGUCAGAGCAGCUCAGAGUUUUGUUCUGCGGGGACGCCGUCAUCCGGCCCGACACAGACUCACCAUCGGCGAGCCAAGACGCCGCUCAGAGUUUCUCGGCUCAGCUUGGCGAGAUGCGGCAGAGGUUCGGCCUGUUGCACAGCCCCCUCAGCAUCGUCCUGGUGACGUCCCGCGGCGGCAGGGAAAGCUGCGGCACCGCCCUGCGGACGCUACGAUCCCGCGGCGUGAGCGUGGACGAGGCGUAUUGCCUAGCCGGGGCCCCACGGAGCCCCUUUCUGUCCCUGCUACGACCUCACUUCCUGCUCAACAACGACCUGGAGGACUGAGGACAUCAUCAGGGGGAGGAACUGUUCCAUGAUUAAAGUUCACUGUGUCUUUAACAACAAGCUGCCAAACUGAGACUCAACUCAUUGUUAUGUAUGUGUCAAAUCAGCUCAUCAGCUCAAAGAGCCAAUCAGCGGUCCUGAUUUAAAGCUAAGCCCCGCCCACUUCCACCAUGGUUAUAUCUUUUGCUUGUAUUUUUUUUAUUUCAGCUCUCCAUUUUGAUAAUGCAAAUUUAGCUGAAUGAAUCAGAAUGUGUGAAACUGUUUUACAGUCCACGUCGGUGCAGGCUCACUUUAAAUCUGAUCACAUUAAACACACGAUGUCAUUUUGGUCACCAGGAGCGAUCGUAGGAGUUUGUUGUCAGCUAGCUUCUCUGAAUAGGAUUUCUAGAUUGUUCUUGGUUCAGGAGGGAAUUAUCCACAGGGGUCUCCUCCGCUCCAAAACAAACUAAACUGGUAAAAGCACUGAGUAUAAGCAGUUUUACUUUCCCCAAUGGUGUUGGGUUUGAAUGUUUUAUUAAACUUGUUUUAUCCUAUA